UUCUCUUCUACACUCCCUUAGCUUUAUUCUCUUUCCAUCACAUAUAAAUACCCUCAUUUUAUACCAACCAUUCUAUUUCUAGAUCAUACCCCUAAAAUAAAACAAUAGGGUCUUUUUCUUUGCUCAUAUAUAUAUUCAAUGGCGUCCCAAAAUAGUGUAGUGUUUGAAGAUUUUUUCCCUGCCAUGGUUGAGAAGUUGGGUGCUGAUGGUUUCAUGAAGGAGCUUUGUAACGGGUUUCGUUUGCUUGUGGAUGGUGACAAAGGAGUAAUCACUUUCGAGAGCUUGAAGAAGAACUCGGCAUUGCUUGGCUUGCAAGAUAUGAGCGAUGAAGAGGCAAUUUGUAUGUUGAGAGAAGGUGAUUUGGACGGUGAUGGAGCUUUGAAUGAGAUGGAAUUUUGUACCCUCAUGCUUAGGCUCAGUCCUGAGUUGAUGAAUAGUUCCAUGAAAUUAUUGGUUGAAGCUAUUGUCAAUUUCUAGACCGUUCAUCAAACUAGUAUUGAUUAUGAUUUUGUACCCCCAAGAAAAAAAAAUCCAACUAUUACAACUACUGUUUUUUGUUUAAA